CCGGGCCGGUUCCGGUUCUUCCUUCCCAAAAAAAAGCCUGGCCGGGCCCGGCCCGGCCCGGGUCCAUGACUGUAAAUAAUGGAUGUGACCCCAAGAUGCACACUUACACGCAUCAGUGGGUAUCAGCAUCUCACAUUUGUCAUAUACAUAUAAGAAGUGGAUUGGAAACUCAUACAUUUAUCAUAUACAAGGAUUCAUCUAGGGGUGGAUCGAAACUGGAACUAGAAUGGUCCAGUUCAAAAAAUCUUGCACUGGGAGACCAACCCUUACAUGCACGAUAUGAUCACGGUCUCGACCCGGAAUCACUCGAUCAGUUUUGGCUCUAGCUAAAAACCGCUCGACUUCGGUCCGGUCUCUUCCAAUAAAACAUUUGCAUGUAUAGUAUGUGCACCAUAGCUUCAUGAUUGAUCCUUCCAUUUUAUCUAGAAUGGUACGUGGAGUCACCAUGCUGUAUGUGAAGGCUAUUUUUGGUCUGUGAAUAGCUCGCUUAUAAGAUAAAAUAUUUUGUAUAGAAUGGGCAUGUAUGAUAAUGGUGGGUACAAACAGUUUAUUUUAUGAUAGAUUAAUGAAAAUCUGCACUCAACAAUAUCAAUAGCACAGUUCCAGAUAUAAGAGAGAGAAAUAGAAAUUUAUUCUCCAACUGAACAGAUCACAGG